GUCUAUCUACAUCAUCAGAAUAUCAUCUGUUUAGUAGUUGAGUGCUGGCAAAAGUAUAUUUUGUGUGCUGUGUGUUGAUUGAAUAAUUAAUCGGAAGAUUUUUCAUAGAAAACUUUCAAUUUUAUUUAAGUUACAGAUCAAUUUAAUCUUAUCAAAGCACCAGAUAAAGUUCAACAACACCGUAAACAAACAUGUCACUAUUUAGACUAGCAACUGCUGAAGUUCGAAACAUCCUUAAACGUUCGUACAACACUUCAAAUGUUGCUCCAACUGUAAAGAUGUUUAUCGAUGGGAAGUUUGUGGAUUCAACAACUAAAGAGUGGAUUGAUUUACAUGAUCCCGCAACAAAUGAAGUUGUAACGCGCGUUCCUAAAUGUACUAACGAUGAGAUGGAAGCAGCAGUGGAAUCAUCAAAGCGCGCUUUCAAAACGUGGAGUCAAACAUCAAUUCUUACCCGUCAGCAAGUCAUGUUACGUCUGCAACAAAUUAUCCGUGCCAACAUGUCAGAGUUAGCAAAGAACAUCACAAAGGAACAAGGAAAGACACACGUUGAUGCUGAAGGCGAUGUGUUGAGAGGAUUGCAGGUUGUCGAGCAUUGUUGCGGGAUAACUUCACUUCAAAUGGGAGAAACAAUGCCAAAUAUAGCCAAGGAUAUGGAUACCUAUUCCUACACUCUUCCUUUAGGUGUUACUGCUGGAAUUACGCCUUUCAACUUCCCAGCCAUGAUUCCACUUUGGAUGUUCCCAGUCGCGAUUACCUGCGGCAACACGAGCAUCAUCAAACCUUCUGAGAGGGAUCCAGGUGCAACUUUGUUGUUGAUGGAAAUGUUGACUGAAGCUGGUUGUCCUCCCGGUGUUGUCAAUGUUAUUCAUGGUGCUCAUGAUUCUGUUAAUUUCAUUUGCGAUCAUCCUGAUAUUCGAGCGAUUUCAUUUGUUGGUUCGGAUCAAGCUGGCAAAUACAUUUACGAACGCGGUUGCAAGAAUGGAAAGCGCGUGCAAUCAAAUAUGGGAGCGAAAAAUCAUGGCGUUGUGAUGGCUGAUGCGAAUAAGAAUGCGACAUUGAAUCAACUUGCUGGUGCUGCCUUCGGUGCUGCUGGUCAACGUUGCAUGGCACUUUCAACGGCAAUCUUUGUUGGUGAAGCUCGUGCAUGGAUUCCAGAACUUGUAGAACGAGCUGCUAAAUUAAGAGUCGGUCCGGGACAUAUGCCUGGCGUUGAUGUAGGACCUGUCAUUUCACCGCAAGCCAAAGAACGUAUUUUGAGUCUCGUUCAGUCAGGUGUUGACGAAGGUGCCAAACUCAUUCUUGAUGGUCGCAAUGUUAAAGUUGAGAAAUUUGAAAAAGGAAACUUUGUCGGUCCCACAAUAUUGACUGACGUUUUACCGUCAAUGAAGUGUUACAAAGAGGAAAUAUUUGGCCCAGUUUUAGUUUGCUUGUCAGCAGAGACGCUCGACAAUGCCAUUGAAAUAAUUAACAAAAAUCCCUAUGGAAAUGGCACAGCAAUUUUCACGACCAACGGAGCUACAGCCAGAAAGUUUGUGAAUGAAAUUGACGUGGGACAAGUCGGAGUUAACGUUCCAAUUCCUGUUCCACUGCCGAUGUUCUCCUUCACAGGUAGUCGAGGAAGCUUCUGGGGUUCUGAACAUUUCUAUGGAAAGCAAGGAAUCAAAUUUUACACCCAAACGAAGACUGUUACACAACUUUGGCGCGAUACUGACGUUUCUCAUACCCAAGCUGCCGUUUCCAUGCCUACAAUGAAAUAAAAUCAUUCAGCUUCAAAGUUACUAAGCAACUUUGUUACAUUGUCUUCCUGAUAAAGUGCAUUUAUUAAUAUUUUAUGAAAAACAAUCUUUUUAGAUGGUUUCAAUUGUAUUUGCUAUUGAAAUUUUAUAAUUAAAAAAAUUUGCUAUGAAAAGUUUUUGAGUUUUGUUGUCGCAUGGCAAGUGGAAUUUUUUUAUUUAUUGCUUGCUUUGUAUUAUGACAUCUCAUUAGGCAACAAUAGAUGUGUACGAGCAUAUUUGUAAACUUCUAUGUUAUUACAGAUUUUCUAGAAAUGCUAGGAGAAUUAAAAAUAAAAACUAAU